AUGGAUGAGAUAGCGAAGAGCAAUAACCCAUAUCCCGUAGCUCCAACAGGGUAUCUGCUGGGCUCAUAUCUAGCUCUGGCUUUGUAUGGUGUACACGUAUCUCAAGUUUUCCGCUAUUUCUCACGUCAUCGCGAUUCUUGGAAAAUCAGAUUACUGGUCUCAUGGAUUUUUUUGCUCAGUACUCUUCAAAUCCUCAUCAUCUUAGCUUCAAGUCAUCAAUAUUUCGUUGGAGGGAUAGAUGAUCCCUCGAUAUGGGGCACUUUUUGGUGGCCACUAAGUUUUCAAGAUGGUCUGAUCCCACUCAUGGCAUUCACCGCACAGCUUUAUUUCGGAAGAAGAGCGUGGUUGCUUAUCGGGAGAAGACCAUGGAUGCUAUGGGUAGUUUCUAUCUUAGCUUCAAUCACCUUGGCCGCUGGAAUAGCUUUGGCUAUCACAGCUCGAAUAUGGGCGGAUGAUCCUUAUGUUAGCAAAGACGAAUUCAAAUCAAGACCCAUCGGUAUCCCUUCACAAGUAGUCGCGAUCACUUGGAUGGGAUUAUCCGCAUUCACAGAUGGAUGUAUCACUUUACUAUUGGUAUGGAGAUUUCGUCAAGCGCGUAAUAGUGUUUUCCACUCCACUCGAAGUCUCGUUAAACGCAUGAUCGCUCUUACACUCGAAACUGUUCUUCUUACUCAUAUCGUCGGCGGAGUCAUGUGUAUCAUCUUCCUUGCGUCUCCGGCGGCUCAUAGAACCAAGAACGACCUGUUUUGGGUUCUAUUGGAAUGCGUUACAGAACUAUACGCUUUAUCAGUUGUCUUUACUAUCAAUUCGAGAAAUCCUACUGGUCCACAAACGCCAAGUACAUUCGAACUGUCAACUGGACCGAAAGAUGAGAGAGAUCAACUUCCGCCAAACUUGGGUCAAACUGCUUUGGAUAUACAUGUCGAAGGAUAUCAAGGAUCUACACCAUUCGGAGUCAGGCCAGUCGCUGUACACCUGCAGGAUCCCGUUAGCUCAAGGAACACAGAUACAGCCUCAUCUAGAACAGAUGGAUCCUCGAGAACUGGAACUCUGUCUCCUUUCACUCCAAUGGAUGAAUUACAGUAUUGGUCAACAUUUUCACCUCAAGGAGUAUCCAUUCUUACUAGAUCUAAUGAGGAUAUAGAUGAGCAAGAGGAAAUCAGUCUAGAAAAGAAAGAGGAUGUAUAG